AUGGAGUUGAAUCCAAUGCAAGUUGCUUUAAAUACUGUUAGAACAUUAAGGUUGGAGUUAAUGCAGCUUAUUAUUGAAAUUGGCGAAGGUAUAAAAGAAGAUGGUUCACAAUUAGAAACAAAAGAUAACCGCUAUAUGUAUUCUAUGAAUGAAAUGGUUGGAAAACUUGGACUUCAUAUGAGAGAUCUUGAACAAGUUGUUGGGUCUUUAUCAAGUCCUCCAGGUGCUAUGUUAUUGUAUAAUACAUCAUUUUUAACUCAAGAAAGCACAUCUGAUCGACAAGCAUUAUACACUCCUCUUGUGUCUUCUCAUAAAUGGCUUGAUAAAGUGCAUAAAUUUAGCUCAAAUGCUGUACAAAUUUUAAGUCAUAAUUCAUUAAAAAAAUCAUAUUACAAUUCUAGUACGAAUAAAAAGAAACGACAGCAGUCUAGUUUACAUAAUAUAUCACCACAAGCUGUUGAUGUACUUUUAACUAAUAUUGAUCGAAUGUUUCCUGAUAUGAGUAUUACAAUAACAAGACCCUGUGCAUCAAAUGUUGUUCUAUUGGUUGGACUAAGUAGAGUUUUACAAGCUAUUAUAUCAUUUAAAGGAGUUAUGAUUGAAUGGGUUAUUGUUAAAGGAUUUAAUGAACCUAUUAACCCUAAUAGUUUACAACAAGAACUUUGGCAAGAAUCAAGAUACCAUGUUUUUCGUAAGAUAACUGAUCAUGCUAAUGCAGCUAUGUUACAUUUCUCUUCACCAACAUUACCAGAUCUUUCAGUUCGAUCAUUCAUGACUUGGCUUAAUAGUUAUUUGAUAUUAUUCAAUUCAGUAUGUAAAGCAUGUGGAAAUCGACUACUAAAUGCAUAUCCACCUACUUGGAGAGAUCUAAGAUCAUUAGAUACAUACCAUUAUGAAUGUAAACCAUAAUAUUGUAUUUAAAAUAUUUUUUAAUUUAUUUAAUAAUUUAUAAAUAAUAUUAAUUAUACUUUA